GUGGCGUCAGCUAGUCUAAAAAUAGUCCACAUUCAUAUACCUACUCGUACACUAAUUAGGGAGAUCUCAAUAUUUAACAACUUCAUUAUAUAACACCUACGAAAUUAAAUACCUACUGUAGGUAAGUAUUACUUAAAAUAUUACAAACUUUCAAUAUCUCCUCAAUAUCCUUGUUGAAUUACAUGUCUAGUACCUACUCUCUAAGUUUCUAGGUCACAUUUUAGAAUAGAGCAUUUGUAACUCUAAUCAUUAGAGUUUCAAAUGCUCCAUUAGAAUCUAAUGGGUCAAAGUAGGUAUUCAUUGCACGUAACACGAGCAAAACACGAAGGGUAUUGUGUCACAGCUGACGUUAGCGAGCAAUGAGCAUCGCGACCGGCUCAACCGAUCAAUACCGCGUUAUCAACAUAUUUCAGUCAGUGUGGGUGUUUACAUGCGCGACGCGUAGUACUCUCGACUCGUUCUAAAGGGUUUGACGCGCCCGUGACACAACUAGACACAACUGAGGCGCAACGUCAGCUAUGUAAGCCGCUAUGCCUCUCCCCGAGCUUAUAAAACGCGCCUCGAGCUACUUCCUCGGCCUCGAGUUCGACAACGAGGAACCGCCCGAAUAUGUCGACAACGAAAUACUGUUUUGCAAAAACAACGUGUGCGUCCAUCCGCCGACGAUCGCGCGACACGAGUUGGACAUCGUGCACCAUCCGGGCUACUUGACCGUCACGACCAAAGUGUUUACCGAUCAACAUAACAAUGCAAAACGACCAACGCUGUUUCUCAACUGGAUACCGAAUUCUACAUUAAAGAAGUGCCCCUCAGCUGUUGAAACUAGCCCCAGCGACGAACUCGGCAGCGGCAUCAAACCGACGAACCCCCAAGACAUUCCACGACAAAAAUCACUACCUGAAAAGACACGGAAUAGAUACGCGAACAAUGAAAAUGCGUUUUCAGAUUCGUCGGAUACUACCAGCAUUAACUCUAACUCAGAUAAACAAAGCAUUAAAUCGACCGACACACGGUACACGCAAAACGAUACAACGCAGGAGUUGUCUUCAAGUUCUAAGCCCACAGUAAAGUCAGCGGAUUCCAGCAAGGAUGAUGUAUUUGUGUCAUUGGACAAAGAGGAUUCGAAGGACCUAGUUUACGAGUUCGAACGGCAUGUCCGUUCGCAGUCAAUGACGUCGGUCAACAUAACAAUUUCUAACCCUACCGUAGAAAACGUUGAUCUGACCCCAGAUUCGGUUACCGGAAGCUGCAUGAGGUCUCUUUCGUUGAGCUCAUGUGAUGAGGCAAACCCUAAUUGGAUGAGCACGCCAGAAUUCCUAGCAUUGAAACACAAUCUGGUAUUCCCUGACAGCGUUCACAGUUCGCCUGUGCCACAAAGACGACAACCUUUAAAAUGUCGAAGAUUCUCCGUGGACCUCAGCCAAAUGCGAUCGCUCCGGUUAUUUUUUAACGAUGACAACUGCACGUGUGGUCAACUCGUGGUGGCCUCGAGAGAGUCGCAGUACAAGAUACUACACUUCCACCACGGGGGACUCGACCAUCUGGCACAAGUGCUGCACAGAUGGCACUCAUUGCUCCACAACAUUAAACUUACUCCAGGUUCAGAGGAACCCAAUUUACCGUAUCGUCACUUCAUGGUGUGCCGACCUGAGGUACAAAAGUCUGAGCAGCAUCCUGAAGAAGGGAAACCGCCAAAAAUAACUCCUGAACUUUUCUAUGGAAAAAUGAUGAACGCGAAAGGGAUGAUUGAAGAUGAUUUAUUUCUUAGAAAAUGCGUAUUUUUCGGAGGUUUGGACAAAGAGUUGAGGAGAGAAGUCUGGCCAUUCUUACUCCAUUGCUACCCAUAUAAUUCUACUUACGACGAAAGAGAAAUUAUACUCCAGAUUAGAACUAGAGAGUAUGAUGAAAUUAAGAGGAGGCGUCUAGAGAAAAUGACACCAGAACAACAUGCGAUAUUUUGGAAAAAUGUACAAAGCGUUAUAGAGAAAGAUGUAGUUAGAACUGACAGAGGCAACCCGUUCUUUGCUGGUGACAACAAUUACAAUGUAGAGAUCAUGAAGAAUAUUUUGUUGAACUAUGCUGUCUACAAUCCAGCGUUAGGGUAUACACAAGGCAUGAGUGACCUGCUGGCUCCCGUUCUCUGCGAAAUUAAAUGUGAAGCAGAGGCGUUUUGGUGCUUUGUCGGUCUUAUGCAGCGAGCAAUAUUUGUAUGUACACCCACCGAUAACGACAUGGACAAUAACUUGAGCUACUUGCGCGAGCUGAUAAGGAUAAUGCUUCCGCAUUUCUACAAACAUUUGGAGAAACAUGUAGACGCUAUGGAACUUCUCUUUUGUCAUAGAUGGAUAUUAUUGUGUUUCAAACGCGAGUUCACGGAAGCAGUAGCCUUGCGCAUGUGGGAAGCGUGCUGGGCUAACUACCAGACUGACUACUUCCAUCUGUUCCUCUGCCUCGCUAUCAUUGCCGUGUAUGCUGGUGACGUCAUCGCACAGGAUCUAAACACGGACGAGAUGUUGCUACACUUCAGUUCCUUAGCGAUGUAUAUGGACGGUCGGCUCAUUCUUCGCAAAGCUCGUGGUCUACUCUAUCAGUUCAGGCAGUUGGUCCGUAUUCCUUGUACAUUAGUUGGUAUGUGCCAGAGAUGUGGUCCUGGUAUAUGGGAUUCCACACAUAGGCCUAGUGUCGAAUGUACGGGCGCUCAUGACUUUUGCGAAUAUGCUGUACAAUAAAAUAGUGACCCAUGAUGAAACACAUAUCGAAAUCUUCUAAAUGAUUAAUGAGCAUGAACUGUGUGCGCUUUUAUUAAUAAUUUUCUUGUGCCGAAGUGGAUGUAUUGUUAUUUUAACAAAAUUAAAAUAAAAAAAAUAUUUUAAAAUAUCUGAUACAAAGUUUAAUAUUAUUACUUAGUUCAAAAUUAUUAGAUAUGAAUAAUUCUAAUGGAAUCUAGUCAUUUAAUUUAACAAACCAAAAUUUGAUCUCAGAAAAGAAUUUGUGUUAUCUUCGAAUUUAAAUUUAGUUAAUGCCAAAAUACGUUAUCAAAAUAUUAUAAUCGGUGUCAAUUUAAAACUAAUGUAAAUAAAUAAAAAACUAACAUUUUGAGAACUACACAGAUACCUAAUUGUUGUUAAACCCUACUUCUUGCCUGACAUAAUAUUUUAACGAAUUUUAUAUAGAAUGUAAUAUACCUUUAAUUAAGAAUAUUGAUGCUUUUAAGGAUAUUGUAUAAGAAUAUAACAAACGUGCAAACUGUAAUAAAUAUUAUUGUUUCAAAGUUAUUAUUUAAGAUUAUACGUAAAGGUGAGCUUUGGUUAAAAUAUUACGUAAAAAUUAAUAAUGUUAUUAUAAUUUGUCAAAUUAGUAAAAAAAUGUAUUUAACUUAACUUUUCGUAGAUAGUUUGGCCAUAUUCAAGUGUUAAAUGUUCGUAUUAGUUUUUAAUAAUUGUUAUCACUGUACAAAACAGUAUUAUUUCAGUAUAAAGGUAUACCAAUUACUCGUACACGCUUAUCACUAGUAUUUGAUUUAACAAUUUUAAUCUUCAAAGAAUUGUCAUGUUUUUUUAUUGAUUAGACAUAUAAAUCAGUUUAACACACAGCAGGCUUAGUUGUGUCAGCUUGUUUCAGCUUGCUACGGUAGUCGGUAAAACCACAAUUACUGCAAAUGAAUGUUAAUGGGAAUCGCUACCUUACCGACAUAUUGUCCAAACAACAUGUCGGUACUCGUCCUUACACCGUAUAGAAGAUAAUUACUGUUUGUUUUUGCAAAUUAGCAAUUUAGUCUCAAUUUCGUUUUAUAUGUUAUGUUCACGCAACACGAAAAUUGCGUUAACAUAAUAUAUAAAACAAAAUUGAAGAUUAUACGAAAGUUAUACCUACCGUGAUCUGAAGGUAGCUAGGUAAUCUAGGUUCCGCAGAGUAUGGUAAGUAUAAUGAGACUAAAUUGCUAAUUUGCAAAAAAUAACUGUAACUAUCUUCUAUACGGUGUAAGGACGCUGUUUAUUUUCUUUAUGUUAGGCUCGAGCCUUUUCGAGUUCAUGUUUCAAAUUAUGAAUAUAAAAAUAAUGGUUUUUAUUACCUACGCAAUGUAUAUACAACAUAACGUUUGCAUCUGCAUUUCGUAUAUUUUAUAUUUGUCAUCGAUAAAAAAAAUGACAAUUUGAUAGAUAGAUGUUACUAACCUUAAAAAUUUGCUACCAAAUUUGUCACAAAUCACAUGAUUAUUGUAUUAAUUUACAGUCGAUUAAAUUGGUCUGAGAGUUGAUGCAUUCUGGAACGGUAAUGUUGCCAAUUAUACAUUACUUGCCCUAACACCGAGUAGAGAAUUUAAUAAAUAAGUGCGACAUAUCAAAAAUCGAUGUGUUCCAUACAAAAAAAAAAAUGUUUACAUAUUAAAAUCAUCGUAAAUCGCUAAAUUGCGUCAUGAUAAAGUACCUGCCAAAGAAAUUAAUUGUGUACCUGGGCAGAUGUAGCCAUAUCAGUAUUUUAAAUUACUAAUUCACAAGAAUAGACAGAGUCAAAGUAAUGUAUCCUUAUCUAAACCUAUCUAAGUUAUUCCUAGUAUUUAAAUGUUAAUGUAUAAAAUGUUACUGAAAGUCUGUAAUGUUUAUUUUUCACGCAUUUUAUUUGCUAGUUAAGUCCAUCUACUCGUGGGCUAUCUUGUUUUUAUGCUAAAAUUGGUUAGGUUAUUUUAUAUGGGAGGAGGCAAAUAAAAUAAUAUUAUUGAACAAAGGACUUUUUAUCCUGCCUACCAAGGUCUUGAAACUACAAUUAGAACAGGGGUAACGGUUUUAUUAAAUAAGAAUUUCAAACAUAAUAAUUAAAUAUUACAUUAACUUUAAAAACUUUUUUAUUAAGAUAUUAAUAUCGGGCAAAGAGAAAAAAGUUAUCCGAAAACUGGAUUCGAUAAGUACGAAGUCGCGUGCAUUCGCUAAUAGAAAUGGCACGUCAAGAUGGUGAUACUGAAUUGAAUUUAAAGAAAUUCGAAUAACUAAAAUCAUUAUUUUGUGACGCUAAUUCUUCGUUAUUCGCACACUAUGAAUUGUUGUCUAUUCUGUGAUACAAAUAUUGAUCUGCUUGUAAUGAGUUAGAAGAAAUACAAACAACUUUAGAUAUAGUCGACCUAUUUAGUCAUAUAUUACCAUUUAGUAUAAUAAUAAAUGUAUUAUAUUACAGCAUGUUAA